AUGCACCGCACGUAUUCCAUGCGCCAGAGCCGAGCGCCUACCGCCUCGCAGCUCCAGAACCCCCCUCCUCCCCCUUCGACCACCAAGUCCGGUCGCCUCUUCGGCAAGGGCAGCUUCGGCCACGCUCUCCGUCGCAAUGCCGGCGGAGCCUUCGGCCCCGACCUGGCCAAGAAGCUGGCCCAGCUCGUUAAGAUGGAGAAGAACGUGAUGCGCAGCAUGGAGACCGUUGCUAAGGAGCGCAUGGAGGUCGCUCAACAACUGUCCGUGUGGGGCGAGGGCGGCGAUGAGGAUGUUUCCGACGUCACCGACAAGCUUGGUGUCCUGCUCUACGAAAUAGGCGAGCUUGAGGACCAAUAUGUCGACCGCUACGACCAGUACCGCGUGACCAUCAAGAGCAUCCGCAACAUUGAGGCUUCCGUCCAGCCCAGCCGCGACCGCAAGCAGAAGAUCACCGACCAAAUCGCCCAGCUCAAGUACAAGGAGCCCAACUCGCCCAAGAUUGUUGUUCUCGAGCAGGAGCUUGUGCGUGCCGAAGCCGAGUCGCUCGUCGCCGAGGCGCAGCUGUCCAACAUUACCCGCGAGAAGGUCAAGGCUGCCUACACCUACCAGUUCGACGCGCUCCGUGAGCACUGCGAGAAGGUCGCCAUCAUUGCCGGCUACGGAAAGCACCUUCUGGAGCUUAUUGACGAUACUCCCGUCACUCCCGGAGAGACCCGCGCCGCGUACGACGGCUACGAGGCCAGCAAGGCCAUCAUUCAGGACUGCGAGGACGCUCUGACCAACUGGGUCGAGUCCAACGCCGUGGUCUCUUCCAAGCUGUCCACUCGCUCCCGCACCCUGUCCCAGCGUCGCCGCUCGAACAUUGCUGCUCGUAACGAGGGUCACGACCUUUCGACACAGGAUGCUCCUAUCAAUGACGGCAGCUCCUGGGUGGCCCACCGUGACGUCGACAGCGAGGAGGAGGAGGAGGAGCGGUUGGACAGCGACGCUGGCCUCCACGACGAGAGCCGCGGUCGCACACAGGAGCCGCUCGCCGCAUAA